AUGUUAAGAACUGAUGAGCUGCUCCUCAAGGCGCGCCAGCGCGUCUCAAAAACAACAUACAAGCUCGUAAACAAGGAGACAGGCUGCUACGGCGUUGCAGAGCGCUCCACACCCGGUAGCCGGCCGAAUAUAACAAUCCACCACAACGUGCGAUGUGAGUGUGUCGACAUACAUCUAAAACACAUAGCAAAACACGCUCACGUCACGUUUAGAAGAAAAGGUAUCAAGAAAGGGCGGCGAGAUGACCUGACCAUGGCUAUAAAGCUGCGUCUCCCGGAUGUAGGUUUUAGGGUGAAGAUACCGAUAUCGAGGAAGCGAAUUAACCCUGUAGAUGUGGAUGAGACGCCCCGAAGGGUUGUCGAGGAGACGCCGCGAGGGCAAUUGCUUGUUGAGAUGUGGGAUACACCCGAGGCUUGGUGUAAUAGGACGAUAUGGAAGGAUUGGUGA